GCAUCCUAUGGCACCGAGACGCAAACACAGGCGCACGAAUAUUGGGGGACACCAACCCAUCGGGCACAAUGUCGGCGUGCAACGCCUGGAUACUUCGCCCUCAUCCUCACCAUGUUCGCUAUACAACGACCCACUUCCUUCAGGUCUGCCCAGCAACAAUAACGCACACUAUUCCACCAAACGAGCACAUCAUUCCAAGGUCGUCACUGGUUGCCUCACUUGUAAACGGCGUCACCUAAAAUGCGACGAGGGCAAGCCAAAUUGUCUGAGAUGCGAGCGAAGCAGUCGUCACUGUGACGGCUAUGUUGCUCGCAGAGUUUGGAUAUUCGAGCCCUCUGGCAACAGGUCAUCAGAUACAUCUCCCGUUCCUGCGUUCUUACCCGGGUCUAUAUCAACGGAACAAGGCCAAGAUCUCGAGCGCUGGUCUUUUCAAUACUUCUGCGAAGUCACCACGCCCGCCAUGGCAGAAUGGACGUUUGCGAGCAGCGCUCAGGACUUUUGGUUCCGCCAUGUUCGACAAUGCGUAACAUCGAUCCCGGCGGCUCGGCACCUCGCAGUUGCCCUGGCUGGCAGGUAUAGGGAAACCUCUGAUUUGAUUUCGGCGCAGCCCUCCUUUGCGUCCGAACAGUAUCUACAAGCGUUGUCCUGGCUCAACCGAGAAAAGGACGUGAUCUGUGUGGACACGGUGCUCCUGUGUUGCGUCCUGAUAGCCGUUUACGAGCACCUCGAUCCGCAUAUCAAGUGCCAUGCGGGCUUGUCACAUCUCGCCGCGGCCUUUCGCAUCAUGAAUGACCCUCAUACCAAGUGGACGCCGGCCACCAGAGCGAUCUAUUCCAUCGCGAUGCAGGUGGAGACGGUGGUUUCCAUUUUCAGAACCCCCAUGUUUCUUCCUGGAGCGGAACCCACCAUCUCCUUCGACCAGAGUAUACCACGGCUCCCAAAAGCAUUCCAUGAUCCUGUCCAGAUACAACAGAAGUUCUUCGAAGUCUUCUGCUGGCGGUUUUCGUAUGCCCUCCGCCACAGAGAAUGGAACAGAACCUGUUCUGGCUUUCACCAGCUCCACAGUUUGCUGCGCCAAUGGUACGGGCUGGUGCGCAACUAUAUCUUGGGCAUCGAUGGUCAGAAACCCACAGGUGAAGAUCUCCAGUUGGCCAAGAUCAUGUCAGUGCAGUUUCGGAUGAUAUAUGCGGCUCUCUGGUAUUCGAUCGGUGAUGAAACCCCACAAUAUCAACAUCCUGGUCAUGCCAACAUGGUUGACUUAUCAAGCCCUGACAAAGUAACUGUUUUUGUCCCCGUCAAGAUUGACCCUCAAUACGAAAGCCGUGAUUUGCAGCUGGAAUCUGGCACUCGUGACAAGCCGAUUGGGAUCUGGCCUGAUAUUGAGAUAAUCAACUCUCCGGGUCAAUCUCGCUAUGUAAGGUUCACAGCGCAUGCUGGUGCGUAUGGUCAAGACGACGAUGUACAUGGGACGAAAAAGAAAUUUCAUCCUUUGUGGUACAAACACUCUCCCAUGCAAUAAGGGUCAUAUAACACAUUAACGUGCUUCCGCUCCAGAAAGAAGCCUUUCAGGACGACUGCUCAUCGGGGGGAUUGCUGAUGGCAACAGAAGAGAUCAAUGACUGUCGACAGUUCCGUGCUCAUUUGCAGCGAUGGAUAAUAUCCGAGGCGAGGCUGGAUACAUUGAUGACAUCGACCUGGUCACUUGCGGACUAGUUAAGGACAUCUUUCUUCGCUAUUGCGACCUAUCCGACUUCUCUUCGUUCAUCACCCAACGAC